CAUGUAUUACUUAAAGAAUGCCGAUGGCGGUCAAAAGUGUACGAUUGUACACAAAUGUUCAGAGAAGUGCGUACUUACCAUGGAUAUUGUUGUCAAUUCGAUAUAAACUACUUCAAAGAGAACGCACAAAAUGGAACUGAAUUUGUAUCAGGUAUAAAAAUGAGCGAGGCAUUGGAUAUCAUUGUAAACGAAGAGAAUAUCACACCUGAUGGUGUGGUAACUGAUGGAUCUAUUAUGCUUUUCAUAUUCGAUGCAAAAGACAACGUAUCGUUAUUGGACAGCUCUAUAAUAAUAUCUCAGGGAGGUUACUUCGAUGUAAACUUUGGCGUUUGGGCGAUAGACGCGUCAGAUUCUGUUAAAGAGUUAAAUAUCAGAAGCAGGAAUUGUGUACUUGAGACUGACGACAUACACGGACCUGGGUAUUAUUUCGGAUGCAUUUCCGCCAUAAUAGUGAAAAAAUUGGUUGAAACCUGCAAGUGUAUUCCGUCCAGUUACAAUGAGCAACUACUAAAAUUGAAAGAAACAUAUCCACGGUGUUUGUGGGAACAACUCUCCUGCAUUUAUCUUACAUUUGAAAAAGUUACACAAAAUAUUAAGACUAUCUUCACAGAAAGUGAGUGCUACCAGAGAUGUAACUACGUGCAGUACGAUUCUGACGUGAAGUAUUUGAGGCAGCAAAGGAAUUUUAACGAUUUAAAUGGCAACUACAGUAGAAUUUCAGUUCACUUCGCUAGCCACACUUGUAUGAAGUAUAGACGAGAAUUGCUGUACACUUGGGAUCAAAUGCUUGCAAAUCUUGGUGGUAUAUUUGGACUUUGCCUCGGUGGAUCCAUAAUAAGUAUUAUCGAAAUGGUUUGGUUUCUAUUUGACAUUUUAUAUGCUACCGUUACUUAUAGAAAAAAUGUGACAAAAGUUAAUGAUUUUCAAAAGAAUAUUGAAAAACCUCCGAACGUAUUAUCGCUGUAUCGGAAUCGUAAAGUUUGGGAAAGAAAUAGAUUUAUUCAUUAAUAAAUUGUGGUUAUUAAUUAUGCAGGUGAAGUUAGUUAUUAGCAUUCUUUAAUAGAGGUAUUCAACGAAAGUAAUAAAAAUUUUACAUCAAAGAAACAUGGGUCAAAAAAGGCAAUAAAUUUUAAACAGAUUCCAACUUGGUCCAUUUUUAUUUUUAUAAGUUUCGUAAGCACAUAUUAUAGUCAGACUUGCGCUCGCAUCACAGCCGCUCAUGACUAAGGAUCACGAGUUGAUUCAGAAACUAGUCGAGCUUUCUUGUUCUUAUUAUACGUAAGUCAAACCGGUAGUUAUUGCAUUAAAAUGUU